UCAUUCUCCCCGCCAUUUCUUUCUCCGAAAAAACUAAAAACUACGUACCAGACCAAACAAACCCUAGCUUGUGGCCCUUAAUUCUCCAUUUUCAUUCUUAGUUCAUGAAAAACACUCCGUUGAAUCAAAUAGUAGCGUAGAAUUUUGUUUUCUGCUGCUGAUUACACCUUUUUUCGGGGGUAGAUAUCAUGAACAGAGAGAAGGUUCAUCAUGCGUGUACAGCUCUCUCUGUAUUGGUAGUCUCUGUGUUUUUGUUUUGUUUAUUACAUCCGGUAGCUUGCCUAAAUGCACAAAAUUUGAAUUACAAUAAAAUAUCCUCGGAUCUUAUCUACAAGAGCAUAGCUAAUAUCACUACCAUCAUAAAAAGCGACGUCGCUAAACAUCUCGGAUUCUGCAUUGUUGACGAGGAUAACGAUUGGAAUGAGGCAUUCAAUUUUUCCAAAAAUACAGAUUUCUUGGCCACUUGUGCCAAGAAAACCAAAGGGGACAUGGCACAACGGUUGUGCUCAGCAGCAGAAAUGAAGUUUUACUUUAGUAAUUUUUACGCCAAAGAGAAGGCUCCACAGCCAUCAACAAAGAUUUCCUAUUAUUUAAAACCUAACAAGAACUGUAAUUUGACUUCAUGGGUUUCUGGAUGCGAGCCAGGAUGGGCUUGUAGUUCUGGAGAUGAAAAUAUUGACAGGAAAAAUACAAAGGACAUGCCUAUCAGAACUGACGAUUGUCAACCAUGUUGCGAGGGAUUCUUCUGCCCUAAAGGUUUAACUUGCAUGAUGCCUUGUCCGUUGGGAUCUUACUGCCCUCUUGCAAAACUCAAUCAAACUACUGGUGUAUGUGACCCAUAUAGUUACCAAUUACCACAUGGGCAACCUAAUCACACCUGUGGAGGAGCAGAUGUUUGGGCUGAUAUUGGGAGUAGUACUGAGGUAUUCUGUUCAGCAGGAUCAUAUUGCCCGUCCACUUCCCAAAAAAUUCCUUGCAGUAGUGGGCAUUACUGUAGGUUGGGUUCAACUUCUCAAGAGCAGUGUUUCCGGUUGGCAACUUGUCAUCCCAAUUCAACAACUCAAAAUAUCACUGCAUAUGGCAUAUUAUUGUUUGGGGGAUUAAGUAUCGUGCUUCUUAUUAUAUAUAGCUGCUCUGACCAAGUGCUAGCAACUCGAGAGAAAAGGCAAGCAAAAUCCAGGGAAAAAGCAGUUCAAAGUGUAAGAGAAACAGCACAAGCGCGUGAAAAAUGGAAAUCUGCAAAAGAAAUUGCUAGGAAGCGUGCAGUUGAUCUUCAAACGCAGCUAUCUCGAACAUUUUCUCGAAGAAAAUCUUUAAAGCAACUGGACCCUCUGAAAAGUCUAGGUCAUGCUAAACCUGGAACAGAUGCUGCCUUAUCAUCCAUGUCAAUGGCUGCUCCACCGCUUCCAGCAUCAAAACAUAAUAAAAAGGAAAAAAGGAAACUCACAGAGAUGUUAAAUGAAAUUGAGGACAAUCCUGAUAGUCAAGAUGGCUUCAAUCUGGAGAUUGGAGACAAAAAUAUUAAAAGGCAUACACCAAAGGGUAAGCAGUUGCAUACUCAAAGCCAAAUGUUCAGGUAUGCAUAUGGUCAAAUUGAGAAAGAAAAGGCUAUGCAGGAGGAGAACAAAAACUUGACAUACUCUGGGGUAAUCUCGAUGACCAAUGAAAUUGACAUCAGGAAGAGGCCUGCUAUUGAGGUUGCAUUUAAAGAUUUGACUAUUACUUUGAAAGGCAAAAACAAACAUCUGAUGAGGUGUGUGACCGGGAAAUUAUCCCCUGGCCGAGUUUCAGCUGUCAUGGGCCCAUCCGGAGCUGGAAAAACAACAUUUCUCUCUGCUCUAAGUGGAAAAGUACCAGGGUGCACCAUGAGUGGUAUGAUUCUUGUAAAUGGAAAGGUUGAGUCAAUUCAAUCAUACAAGAAAAUUAUUGGUUUUGUGCCACAAGAUGAUAUUGUGCACGGAAAUUUGACUGUGGAAGAAAAUCUAUGGUUCAGUGCAAGCUGCAGACUUGCCGCUGAUCUUCCAAAACCAGAAAAGGUGCUUGUUGUGGAAAGAGUAAUUGAGUCCCUGGGGCUUCAGCAUGUAAGGGAUUCUCUGGUUGGGACAGUGGAGAAGCGGGGGAUCUCUGGAGGUCAAAGGAAACGAGUAAAUGUUGGACUGGAAAUGGUCAUGGAACCUUCACUUCUAAUAUUAGAUGAACCGACAUCUGGUCUGGAUAGCUCAUCUUCUCAGUUACUUCUUAGAGCUCUUCGACGCGAAGCUCUUGAAGGAGUAAAUAUUUGCAUGGUGGUUCACCAACCAAGCUACACCUUGUACAGGAUGUUUGAUGAUUUAAUACUUCUUGCCAAGGGAGGUCUUACAGUAUAUCAUGGAUCAGUGAAGAAAGUUGAAGAGUACUUUUCUCGCCUUGGAAUUACAGUUCCUGAUCGUGUCAAUCCUCCAGAUUAUUUUAUCGACAUUUUGGAAGGCAUUUUAAAACCAAGCACUAGUUCAGGGGUCAAUUAUAAACAACUUCCAAUUAGAUGGAUGCUUCAUAAUGGAUAUUCAGUUCCCAUAGAUAUGCUAAGGAGUGCAGAAGGAAUAGAAGCAUCUGCAGAAAACAUGGUUGGUGGAAAUAUAUCUGAUGGAUCUGAAGCUCAUUCUUUCGCUGGAGACUUUUGGGAGGAUGUAAAAUGUAGUAUUCAGGUUAAGAGGGACAGCUUAGAACAUAAUUUCUUGAGUUCGGGGGACUUAUCUCUGAGGAGAACCCCUGACGCUUUCCAACAGUAUAGAUACUUUCUUGGCAGGGCUGGUAAGCAGCGGCUACGAGAAGCUAGAACUCAAGCUGUAGAUUAUCUAAUUUUAUUACUUGCUGGAAUCUGCUUAGGAACACUGGCCAAAGUGAGUGAUGAAACUUUUGGUGCAACGGGUUAUACAUACACUGUGAUUGCAGUUUCUCUCCUGUGCAAGAUUGCGGCUUUGAGAUCUUUUUCUCUGGAUAAACUUCACUACUGGAGAGAGAGUGCUUCUGGCAUGAGCAGCCUUGCUUACUUUCUUGCAAAGGAUACAGUCGACCAUUUCAAUACACUCAUCAAGCCUCUGGUGUAUCUUUCCAUGUUCUACUUCUUCAACAAUCCACGAUCAUCUGUGGUCGAUAAUUAUCUGGUUUUACUGUGUCUGGUGUAUUGUGUGACUGGUAUAGCAUAUGUUUUGGCCAUCUGUUUUGAACCUGGACCAGCUCAACUGUGGUCAGUGCUACUUCCAGUUGUUUUGACUCUAGUAGCGAACCAAAAUGAAGCUAACAUAGUUAUAGAGAAACUAUCCAACCUGUGCUACACUAAAUGGGCCAUGGAAGCAUUUGUGAUAGCAAAUGCUAAAAGAUAUCCUGGAGUCUGGCUAAUAACAAGAUGCGGUACACUUUUCGCCAAAGGGUUUAAUAUCAAACAUUUUUUUCCUAACUUAAUAUACCUUUUUGUUACCGGUGUACUUAGCCGUUCAGUUGCUUUCUUUUGUAUGCUUUCCUUCCAAAAGAAAUAGAUUCAGCUUUUCUCUUUGUAUUCUGUUCACCCUUUCUGUACAAAAACAAAUUCUUGAAGAGUUGUUUGACCUCUAGGAAUCCAUCGCCUAUCGAAAUAUUUUGGUACAAUCCCAUACACAAUGUAUUUCUUAGUGUAAAUAGAUGGCUGCAUCUUGAAUCAUGUAUAGAGGUUUAUAGUAAGGCUUGUGAAAUAUGCUUCCAGCUGGUCAAUUUUAUGAUUGUUGAACAAGUUGA